CGGGCCUCUGGAAGGGCAAGGGGGGUGGUUUCAUCCGAGCCGCGGAAGAUGGCGCAUUCCGUGGUCGAGCGGCCGCAUCGACGGCAGACGGUCACGCACGGAGAAAUAACGACAGACUGAGGCACACUUUGGGAGCCACGGUUCGGCAGCCAUAGCCGUUCGUCAGCCACAGGAGUCAUGACACACGCCCCGGUGGCGUGUGGUCGCCUCUGGUGCCGGUGCCGGGCGGUGCAUGCCGGAUGAGCCUGGUGAAGGUGGUGGUGCUGGGUGCGCCGGCGGUGGGCAAGACGUCCAUCAUCCACCAGUUCGUGUGGAGCGAGUUCAGCGAGACAUACGUGCCCACCGAGAGCCGACGCACUUACCACCCAUCGGUGGUGGUGAACGGACGCCUGUACGACCUUCAGGUGACGGACCUGCCCGUGGUGCCGUACUUCCCGGCCAACUCGUUCUACGAGUGGAGCGACUUCCGCUACUGCGGUCUGCGCAGCGCGUCCGCCUACGUCCUCGUGUUCGACCUGAACGCGCCCGAGACCUUCCAGUACGUGAAGAACAUGCGCGAGCAGAUCUUCGAGUCGCGCAACAUGCAGGGCGUGCCCGUCUUCGUGGUCGGCAACAAGCACGACCUGGGCGAGCCCCGCGAGCACCGCGAGGUGGCCGGCCUCGUGAAGAAGCACUGGCGCUGCGGCUACGUCGAGUGCUCGGCCAAGUACAACUGGCACGUCGGCCUGCUCUUCCGAGAGAUCGUGCGGGCCCUCGACGACGGGGGAGGACUCGGUGCGCGCGGUGCCGGUGACCAGGGUCGAAGGGACCGCUGUCGAAUCCUAUGACGCCGGCGAUCGGCGUCGACGUGAAGGAGGAGACAUCGCCUAUAGCCACUCACCACAGUCUUCGCUAUACGGUCAAUGACCGAACUCUGAGAAACGGAAUAAUUUUGUUUUCGAGGAUCGCGGACAAUGUGUGUAAUGAGUUUCUGGAUUGUUAUUGUCGAAGAAGCAUCAGUGAGUAGCGCCACAAGGGGGCAGCAAACAGGAACCGGUUUCAUAUCCUUGUCGGAAGAAACGAAGAGAAAAGCCGACAUGGAAGGCGCAUUCUAAGUAUCACAACUGGCCUGUCUGUCUCAGUGCGAUAGACUUCUUUUCGAAGAUGUUGGUCGACUUUGUGGAUGCGUCGCUUCAGUCAGUGAAAAGUGAUCGACUCUUUAUUUGAAACAGCUGUAUACACACUGCUAUACAUCAGUCAACUUGUCGUCAGGAGGCACUGAUCUGGAAUUCCUCCACACCGGCAGUCGGUGCGUGUAAGCUCGAUAUUUGCCGACGCAGGUCAGCGGCGGGCAGCCGCCCGUUGCUCGCUCCAGCCUUUCUGGCUACCAAAGCCGAGUUUGCAAAAGCAAUUUCGUGAGUCACUGAAGCGUGGCUGGUUUGUCUGUUCAAAAGUAGGAGUUAGUCAUUUUGAAACUCUCCGUUGCGUUGUUGCCGUCAUCAAGACUACGCCACCAGUUGGUUUUUACCUUUACUGUUUCCCUAUAGUGUGCAAUAAUUGAGGUGUCUACUCAUUCCCGUAGUAUAGUGACGCGUUUCCCGCUGUGCGUAGUCGUAUAGAGAGGACAAAUUGUGUCAAUACUGACUGAUGCGAGUGAUAUCGCUCGAUGCUCAUACGGCUUGAAGAAGGUCUUUUACAUUCUUGGACUACGUCCAGCAAACACCCAUUGGCCAGGAAACCCACUCCAUGACGAGGCAGUGGAAAACUAUGGCGCCUGCAAUCGUGAAGGCAACUACAAAGAACAGUGUUUGCGCCUCAUUUUUUAUAGCCAGUUGGGAUUUAGAACGAACAAGCUGGAGUUGAUGUCUUGCUGAUCGGUGAAAUCACAUGCGAGUACCGUGACAAGCAUUCUCCUUGCACAGAGUGGGAUUUAGGAAUCUCGUUUUUUAUUGUUUCAGAAAUGAGUUCUUUUUCAAGGGCUGUGCAAACCGAACACCAACGAGUUUAUAUCGGUUGGCUUCCGCCUGACCUUCGUCAUCCCGUGGAUCACCAUAUGUUAUGCUAACAUAGAAUGUGUAUGAAAAAUUAUUUUCGAUGCCCACUACGCAAUAGGGAAACCACUUUCCAGGGCUGUAACGCAAUAUGAUCGUAGAGACGAGGCUAAGAGAACACAGCACUAAAUUGCAAGUUUUAUAUAAAUCGUGUUAUUUCCCGGCUUGACAAGCCGUCAAAUAAAAGAGAGGACUCCAAGUACCAAUGAUAUUUGCCUAAGCUUUAUGAAGUUGUAAGGCAGUAUGGAGAUUUACUGUUGCAAAGGGUUUAAGACGACUCAUCGCGCAACGCACGCUUCAUAAAUAUGGUUUUAUUGCUCUUACCAGUUGACAAAACAUCAAUCGUUCUACUGCGCUGAAAGGACAAAUGCGAAAACCAGCGUGGCUAGUAAAGGGGCAUCCGAACAUUUAGUAUGCGUCAUUGGUGCAUGCGUACCAAAUAAGAAUGGGAUGUCGCAGAUAAUUUUAACUAUGGAGGUAGAAGUUUGCUCGGGCGUCGGUUCUCGCGAUGGGUAUAACGACUGAGUCAUGUGGUGCAAAAAGAGGUUUGUGUUACAAGCAUGACCAGGCCAGUCUUGGUGAUUGUUUAUAAUAACCAUUUCUGUAGUCAUUCUGCUCUGGACUCGCAGUGAGGCCUACCAUCGCCCGCCGAUGGUCCAUAACAAAAGAAUACAUUGCCCUCAAAAUGCAGUGAAAGUUUAUGUCACGUCAUGUCAGCGGCAUUACAGCUCAAAGAUCCCUCACAUGAUGCUAUUCAACAGCAAGGCCAAGUAGUGGCUGCUAAUUCAGGCAAGCGGAAGGGUGUGGUCACCAUUUGAAAUUGCGGUUGGGCACUUCAUUUGUGCUAAAUAACAAUUAGACAUAGAAAUAAUAAAACUGGACAAGAAGACAAUUACGUGAGCAACAAACAUUCUCUGUUGUUUAAUUUAAGCUUGGUUGUCGACUUAUUGCGUUACUGCUUUCUUCUUGGCAAGACGGUCAACAAAUGGUGUAUUUCAUGCUGUUGACAUGCCCCAGGCUCUCAAACACGUUGAAAGUUAUAACUCCGCGUUGUUUUACGGAAUUUUGUAUCUGUCGUCAUUAGGGCACUUAGGCUGCUUCGAACUAGGGCUGUGCUAGGAAGUGAUAGAGAGCGAACCACGCUGUUUCUUUCAUUGUAAAACUUACUUUACGAGCACAGACCGUUUCAUCAAUAGUCGCAGUGCCUCGCAACUGUCCCAUAAAUAGUCUGCGUGUGCUUGUUAGUUAUCCACUGUUGUGCCACGCAUGCCUGUUUGCAGAGCAGCACUGAUUGCGGUUUUUGCUGCAUCUUCCUUCUUGUUAAACAUACUCAAUGUGUGGCGUGUUUUCAGAUGAUUGUAAUGUUCGAAAUGUCUUUCGCAGUCUACUUUAUUUUUAGGCAUAAUUUUAAACGGGACAUUUAUUAUUAUAGAUUGUUGUAAUAGCUGCCCGCACUUUCAUUGGCAAACCCUGUCAGGGGAGGACGUCAUUGAUGCUCAAGGUGAUGAAAUAAUGCAGAGAGGAGUUGGCUUAUUGCUCCUUUAUUAGAGGGUGGCGGGUAUCCGUCUGAACAAAUUGUCAAAAGCCAACUGCCCCUAUUGAGUGCACGUGAUGGCUGGAACAAUGAAGAGAAUUGCAACACUGGUGAGCGCACUUAGCUGAAUUUGUAGAUGGAUGGAUGAGUGGGUUUGUAGAGAAGGGAACAGUGAGUAACAACCCCACAAUGAAAUCCGUGUGCUCUAUAACUUACACAUCUACUAAUCUCAUAUGAUGACGUGGGAUCCUAUGCAAAUAAACAUGUUCCCACGUGAUGAUAAGCGAUUACUAGUUGCAGAGGUUGUAGGACGUGUGGCAUUUUAAUAGAAAACCGUAUAGUUUGGUGGGACUACAAUCUGUCACCUGAAAUACACUUCAAUACGGGCCUAUGGAAUUACGGCACUGCUUUUCAGGCUAAUACUAAGGAAUUAUGAACCCUUCUGCCAAAAGUCGGUUGUAUUGACUUUUCACAUUUAUGAGUCGUCGGUGGCACUUUAGGACUCCAAGACCUUGCUCAUAGUUUCCAUGCAUGACAGAGUUGAUAAGCCAUGCGGUACCAUGCAAGUUACCCUGCACAGACUCACUGACGGUGUCUGUGAGUAUAGUUCGGCGUCCUGGAUCCAACGCUGUAGGGUUCUCAUCUUUAAAUGGGAAAGCUCAUGUUGAUAUGAGUGGUUAAUAACUGUACCUGUUUUUAGCCAGAUGUGUUUUUAGGUGUGUUUGUGCUGAGCGAAUGGCCCCGCGUCCGUGGUGGAACACUCUCAAGAAGUUAAUCGCGUGAAAUGAAAGAGAGACGCUGAGACGCACAGUUUCAGCCUUCGUUUAUAUAGCUAUGUCCGCGGACGCCAAUUUAUUGUUGAAAGAAGUUAAAAUUCGCAAAAUCCUCACUGCCCUGCUCCGGCGAGAUAAAGCACAGUGUCUGAAGCCAGUUCUUUUUGUUGUGUAUGUCCUGUCUGUGCAUAGCGAGUUUUGUGCCAGGCGUAGAUUGUUUCGGUCAAUGUUUAGCGACAAUCCUGAGGGAGAAAACUGCCCACAGCCGUUUUACAAAACGUGACGUUGUCAAUCGGGCGGACGGAAAGAACGGCAAGCAAAAAGAAAUAGAGUCGACUAGUGAGAAUAUUUGAAUCGUGGUAUGCAAGUGAUGAUGAAGUUCAAAUAAAACUGAUGACCGAGUUCAUGUUUGGAAUGUAAGGUGCGAUUGAAUAAUGUAGACUAGUAUACAUACCUUUCAAAAUUUCUGAAAAUUCUGCGCGGCUGUUUACCACUGUGGUCAACUUUCCCUCUGGUUACAGUAUGACUGUAGCAACGUGACAAAUAUAGCAAACACUCCCAUUAGUUACAUACGACUUGUCUGCGGAAACAACUGAUUGAUGUCUGAUACAACCAUCUUUUAACAUGAAUCCUCAAUAGAUGGAAGCGACAUUUAGCGAGGGUAGUAUUUUUGUAAACAGAAGUGAAUGGCGAGAUGUUCCUACGUGGUUCUUGUUUUCCGACAACGACAAGCAGUGAUAUCUCAGUGAAAUAGACCGAAGGAAAUAAAUGAAGUGGUUGAAAGCCGUGUUGAAGAACGUUUCUCGCCGCUGGCGCCUGAAGACGGUGAAACUUCUGGAGUGUAAGGUAAGGUUUCUUGAACGCUGUGUUUGUACAGGAAGCCUCCCAUUAGUGCAGCUAGGCUGCCCAGUUCACAUAACGUGAAACUCAAGCUUUUAGGUCUGCAUGUAGUAACUCACGCAACGCUUUGACUUAGGGAGGCAGCGGUGGGACAUCUAUGUGCAA